GGGCUGCUCACCGGCCUGGUAUACGCCCACAGGGCGAACAUUGGCCCGCUAUUUGUUGUCGGGGAUAGUCAGCUCAUCAUUCGGCAGCAGCGGACUCGCGCCGAACCACGAGCGCAACAUUUGCGUCAACUUUAUAUGCGAUGCAGAGUGCUGGCAGACAAGUGCAAGGUAGUCAAGUGGACACAUCAACUCAGGGCAUUUAACAAGACAGCGGACUCGCUAGCCAACUUGGCUAUGGACACCGCUCGCAGCAGACAAGUG